CUGGAGUUUGAUGUGCUUCAGCUUUUACCUCUGCGCUCCAUACAUACUCCGGCCAAACGCGAUACAGCGGGUGACAUUUUGUGACGCUGUCACGUUGAGCAGACAAAUAUAUGUAUAUAUACGUAUGCAGGACAUGCAUAUUCGGAUUGCCAUUAAACGUUCACCGAAGUCCAACUAAAUUGCAAUAUUGCAUACUUGCAGCGACCGCAGCGACUGCGAUUACCCGUACGUGCGGGGUGUAGUUAUUCCAUUAGUGUAGUAUAAUGCGAUAAGUAAUUAGCUGUACCACCCGAAUAAAUAAAAUAGAAGGCCGCGUUUUCUAUCAGGCGGUUCAUAAAGAGAUUAAACGGCGCGGCAGGUAGUUUAAAAAAUUCUGAUAUGGUUGGGAACGUGACACGGUGCGGUGGUAGGAAAACCGUUUUUCUUGUCGGCUGUGCCUGCGUCGGGGCUUACGUCGCCUACAGAUACUGGAGGAAAAGAGAAUUGAAAUCGAUAGACGAAGGUUUCGAGGAGGUCUCGAAGAUCGAUGAUAGCAAUGAGAAGAGAGUGCUUCUCCUAGGCUUGGAUGGAGCUGGGAAAACUUCAGUUAUGAACCAAGUUAUAGCAGCUACUGUCACUGGAACCUCUUACUCAGUUCCUCCACCAUCAACAAACGGCUUUGCUGUCUUCAAAUUCCAAACUGGAUCCUAUACACUCAACAUUUGGGAAAUUGGCGGAGCUGAUGGAACAAGAAACUAUUGGAGCAACUUUCUUCAAGAUACAGAUCUGCUAGUGUUUAUGGUAGAUGCUGCGGACACGAAUAAAUUAUCACUAGCAGUUUCAGAGCUGAAGCAAUUAUUGGGUGAUCCAAGGAUGGAUACAGUGCCGAUCUUAGUUAUUGCAAACAAACAGGACUCACCUAACGCCUUGAGGCCAGAUCAAGUUAAGGAGGCUUUAGACUUACACAGCAUCCCACCUAAUAAACACAAAGUUGUAGUUAUCGGCUGCCAAACUCGACCACUACCAGACCUUCCUCCUGGACUCACAACCUACACCUGGCAUCAUCCGUCUAUCGAAGCAGUUCGAAAAAAGUUAUUCACUAUGGCCGCAUGAACUUCAUUAACUUAAUUUCAACAUAUGCUUAAUCUAAGAAAUCAAUUUAUUAUAAUAAAAAAACCAAGAAAACAAAACGGCAACAAAAAACAACUACAAAAAAGCUCUAGCCGCAAAAAGACAUGAACAAAGUAUAUCAAUAGAUGGUAAAUAAACAGCGCACUAAUACUUUUUAUGCAUUUGAUGCAUCGGUUGAGCUAGAAAUCUUGAAAAUAUCUUCAGGAUACCUCAUUUUGUUAAUAAACUCUACUAAUUGCAGUCAUCUUACAAUAAUAGUUUGGUUAGUUCGCUACUGCAGUUACGUAUAUUUUUUUUUUUUCGUUCUUGUAAUGCAAUUUCACAAGCUCAUCUGCAGUCAAUGUUUUUCUGUCAAAUUUGUAAAUCUUACGUCUACGGGUGGUGGUCUUCGAAGAUUUGCAAUCAGGGAGGGUAUCAUGGAUGGAUCAAGAGAGAAUUUACAUGUUUCUAUACUAUUGUUUCUGAAAUGAAUUAUGUUCCGUCUAUUACAAAUUUAUUGCCGUGAUUUACAACGAGCUUUCCUUAGUUUUUUUGUUCUAUUUAUUAUGUACGCAACUCAACGAUGAAUUCUGCGAAAUCUAAACUAUUAUAGUCGAAUACAGUCAUACUUAAACCAGAUAUUCGUACGGAGCAUAUUACCAACUGAAAACCUUGGAAAAGGUAGUUGAAGUUUUUUACAAUUACGGUAUUUUAUGUUGAUUCGAAUUUACUUUCGACCUGAUAAUAUUUUGAUACGUUUUCAGCUACUAAAAUGUUAAAAUUUGUCUGAUCUUUCAAAUUUAUGAGAACCGAAGCUGACAACUUGAACAUUUUAUGUAGUAUCCAGGAUUGUAUCAGUUUGUAUGAAAGAAGCAUUUGUGAAAACGGAAACCACAAUUCUGAUACGAAUCAAAUUUUCUCUGACUUCUUUUGACAACCGAAUGAUCUUACAUUCUAUUGUAUACCAAGUAUUAAAACGAAUAAGAUAUAAUAAGGUAGAACCAAAACCAAAUUUAGACAAAUUUGUUUCAAUUAUUCGUAAUUAUGAAUGAUGGUGGAAUGAGAUUUAUUUAAUGAGAAUUGCAGCUGAAGUAUAAAUAACUUCUGAAUUAUUGUUAAUGUAUUCACGUAGACUGUAUAAAAGUAUGCAUGAGUCGCAUUACAAAAUAAGACAUUUGGUUCAUAUCAAUAUUGAGGUGAGAUGUAUUUUUUUAAAGUUACAUAUUUUUGAAGUGUGAAUAGCGCUCAUGUUUUGGCUCUUUUGUAUACAAAUCUGUAAACCUAUGAUUAAUUAUUAUUACACCCCGUGAGGUACUGCCUGUAUUGAUUUUCGCUGAUAGAAAAAAUCCUCAUGAAUUCACAGGGUCAAUAGUGAACGUGUAUCGUGUUAAAAUCUAGUUCUCUUUCAGGCUUCGGCAUGUGCAUGUCAAAAAUGGUAAUAAUUUCUAUUGAUAAAAAUCUGAGGAUAAUAAAAACAACAUUUAACCGUCAGGGUAGUGCCAUAUGAGAAAUCGAUGUACUGUUACUUGUCAUUAAUAUAAUAAAAAUUCAUUCAAUAAUA